AUGCUUCAUACCUUUCCUUCCUCUACUAGUGCCGCGCCCAUGACCCCCAUAGCCGUCAACCCCGCCGCCGCCGAGGCGAGCCCCUCGCCGCCGACGCCGGACUCCUCUCGGCCCCGCAUCCUCGUCCCCGAGAAGCUGUCCCCGGACGGCCUCGCCCUGCUCACCCCGCACUUUGACGUCGACGUCCGCCAGGGCGUCAGCGCGGACGAGCUGCUCGGCAUCAUCCCGGGCUACCAGGGCCUGCUCGUGCGCUCCGAGACAAAGGUGACGGCCGAGGUGCUGCGCGCGGGCGCCAAGCUCAAGGUCGUCGCGCGCGCGGGCGUCGGCGUCGACAACAUUGACGUGCCCGCCGCCACGGCCCAGGGCGUCAUCGUCAUCAACUCGCCCGCCGGCAACAUUGUCGCCGCCGCCGAGCACACCGUCGCGCUGCUGCUGGCCACGGCGCGCAACGUCGGCCGCGCCGACAACAGCAUCAAGGAGGGCCGCUGGGAGCGCAGCCAGCUCGUCGGCGUCGAGGUCGGGCGCAAGACGCUGGGCAUUGUCGGGCUGGGGAAGGUCGGCCUGCAUGUUGCGCGCAUGGCCAAGGGGCUGGGCAUGACGGUCAUUGCGGUCGACCCGUAUGCGAACCCGGACAUGGCCAAGCAGGCAGGCGUCGAGCUGUAUCCGAGCUUGCAAGAUAUGCUGCCGGUUUUGGACUUUUUGACGAUUCACACGCCGCUGCUGGCGACUACCAUGGACCUCAUUGGCGAGACUGAGUUCAAGACUAUGAAAAAGACGGCGCGCGUCCUUAAUGUCGCGCGUGGAGGUGUCUACAACGAAGCUGCCCUUCUCCAGGCUCUGGAGGAAGGCUGGAUCGCCGGCGCAGGCCUCGACGUCUUCACCUCUGAGCCUCCCGCGGCCGACUCUGUCGCCUCGCGUCUCACCAAGCACCCCAAGGUCGUCGCCACGCCGCACCUGGGCGCCUCGACCGUCGAGGCGCAGGAGAACGUGUCCAUGGACGUGUGCACGCAGGCGCUCGAGAUCCUCCGCGGCGGCCUGCCUACCAGCGCCGUCAACGCGCCCAUCAUCCUCCCCGAGCAGUACCGCAAGCUGCAGCCGUCGGUGUCGCUCGUCGAGAAGAUGGGCAAGCUGUACUCGCAGCACUUUGCGCGCAACAAGAUCAACAUGGUCGGCGGCCGCCGCUUCGAGCUCGUCUACCACGGCGAGCUCGCCGGCCUGCCCAACACCAAGCCGCUGCUGGCCGCGCUGGUCAAGGGCCUCGUCGCCUCCUUCAGCGACUCCAUCGUCAACAUUGUCAACGCCACGCAGAUUGCCAAGGAAAAGGGCCUCACCAUCAGCGAGACGCACGCGCACGGCUCGGGCACGAACCAGACCUACGCCAACCUCGUCACCCUCAAGUCCUAUCCCAGCAGCAGCGGCGGCGGCUCAAACACCAAGAGCGCCCAGGUCAUCGAGGGCUACGCCGCCAACAAGCGGCUCUACAUCUCCCGCCUCGACCGCUUCAACGCGACCUUCAACCCCGAGGGCACGCUCAUCAUCCUGCACAACUACGACGAGCCAGGCAAGAUUGGCGGCGUCGGCACCGUCCUCGGCUCGCACGGCAUCAACAUCCGCUUCAUGCAGGUCGCGGCGCUGAGCGCAGAGUUCAGAGGCGACUGGACACCGCCGACGGACGACGGCCUGCUGCAACCGAGCCGCUCGCAGGACUCGCUGGCGGACGCGGGCCACGGCCAGCAGCAGCAGGCUGGCGACGAGGCGCUCAUGAUUCUGGGCAUCGCGGGCACGGUGGACAAGAAGGUCAUGGACGACCUGCAGCAGGCGGAGGGCGUGUUGGACGUAAGUGUGGUAACGUUGUGA